UUUUGAUCGAUACGUUUUUUAUCGCUUAGCCUCUCUGAAGCAACAACUCCAGUGGUCGCUCGUUAACUCGCCGGAGAAUCAAAUCCACGGGUUUGUGUCUCGUGAUGCCUGGUUUCGAUAGACUCAGCGAGUUACCAGAACAUUUGAUCACUCAAAUACUCUUAUGUCUUCCGACCAAAGAUUCGGUUAAGACGAGUGUUUUGUCGACAAGAUGGAAGAAUCUGUGGCUAAACGUUCCUGGACUUGACUUAAACCGCAAUGACUUCUGUAAUGUUGACGAACAAGUGUUCGUUAACUUCGUCGACAGGUUUCUCGAUUCUAAUCCUGAGUCACGUUUGCAAAAAGUGAAGGUUGAUUACAGUAGCAGUGAGAUAGUCGGGUUCAAGGACAGGAUCGGUACUGCGAUUAACCGCGGGAUUCGAUUUCUUGAUGCAGUGAGCAGUACGGAAUAUCGAGAAGAAGAUGGCUCUUGGUAUCCUUAUUGGGAGUUCAUGCCUCUGGAUCUGUUUACCAGCAAGACAUUGGUUUCUUUAAAGCUCAAGUUUUCGGUUUUUCAGGAUCCGGGUUUUGUUUCUAUGCCUUGUCUUAAAUUCAUGAUUCUUGAAAAAGUUAGAUGCUCUGGUACUAUGAAUCUUGAAAAGCUCGUAUCUGGAUGUCCUGUUCUUGAAGAACUGAUCUUAAUAAGGGCAAUAGAUGAGGAUGAAUCGUUGGUUACGCGUGUGAGAUCUCGGAGCUUGAAGAAGUUUUAUGUUCCCUUAGCACAUGGAACUAAUUCUUGGUCGAGAGUUGUAAACACACUUCUUGAGAUUGAUGCUCCAGGACUAGAGUAUUUGACUCUCAAUGAAGACCAUUUCGAAAGAGUCCUAGUAAAGAACCUGACUUCCUUGAUCAUGAUUGAACUUGAUAUCAAGUUUUCCCUCAAGCAAUUUGAUCCAGAGGACUUGUCUAAGAGAAAUGAAAUUAGUGAUUUUCUCACUGGGAUAUCUAAAGCAAGACAUAUGAUCUUCUCUAAGAAAACAGUCAAGGCGCUUGAUCGUUACUCGAAAGUAGGAUCAAUUCCCAAAUUCAAUAACGUAACCCGUUUACAGCUUGUGUUCCCAAGCUCCCUGUUAUCGGUUUUACCAACCUUUCUUGAGAGCUUCCCAAAUCUGAAAACCCUUACCAUGAAAAUUGCUUUUGCAAAGGAGGAUAUGGAAGAGUUUAACCUCGUAAACGCGCCGAAGUGUUUGGUAUCGACUCUAGAAUGUGUUGAGAUUAAAGAAUUGUUAGAAUGGGAGGAAGAGGAGAAGAAGAUUGCGAGUUACUUUCUUGAAAACUCUGUAGUUCUCAAGAAACUCAUUGUGAGUUUUAUCCUGCACUAUCCUCGUUAUGCUUCGGAUUCAGAUGUGUACGAGGAUCUUGAUAAACUCACGAAACGUUCUCCAAGAUGUCAAAUCAUCGUUGAGCAGAAAUGAUUCAGCUGAAGGAUCUAGUUGGAUUUUGUUAGUCAAUAAAAAAAAUAAGAGUCAAUUAGCGAAUGUUUUGACUUUAAUUUAUUAUUUUUCAUUUGGGGUCAAAAGUA